ACCAACAUUCUCUACAUAGACCAUCAAUCGGUUAUACAUCACAUACGGCUUCUCUAACUAGCUCUCUAUAUUCUAUAUCUAAACUUUCACAGAGAAACGAUCUUUUUAUUAGUGGCUGAUAUAGCUUAGUUCAUAAUUAAGAAGUUGUGAAUAUGGGAAGCCUCAGGUUCCUAGGAGCUACCUUCUUGGUUUUAGUUGUUUUUGACGUCUGUUUAGCAGCUAGAUCACCAAAAGCUCUUGGUAGAGGGUCUGGUUCAGGUUCCGGGUAUGGUUCAGGCUCCGGGGGAGGAAACGGUGGCGGAGGAGGGGGUGGUGGCGGUGGCGGUGGAGGGGCGGUGGUGGAGGUGGCGGUGGAGGAGGAGGAGGUGGUGGUAGCCGUGGAAAUGGAUCGGGCUAUGGAAGUGGAUAUGGUGAAGGGUAUGGAAGCGGAUACGGUGGCGAUAGUAACGGUGACUCACCCUAAAUCAUUCUUAUUGCUUAUUUUUACAUGAUAUAGGAACAUACAACAACAAUAAGGUGAUCGACGUUUUGUCGUCACAUAUACAUCUUGUAUACAGUGUAAAUCACUCUUCUUUUGAUAUUGAAGAGAGACGAUGUAGUUUCACUUUCCAUAAUUAGAAAUCAUAUGCAUUGGCAAAUAGAUUGUACCAUGCACCAUUUACUUUUCUUAUGUAAUAGCAUUUUGUACUAAUCAUAUGUACCUUGUUUAUUCCCACUCA